AAAAAGAAGCGUUAUUACAUAGGCAAUUAAAUAAAAAAAGAGAGAAAUAUACGUGAUUAUGUUGGAAUAUACCUCUUCAAUUCCACGCGAAUAGGAGGAAGACCGAUUAAAAAUUAAGCAAAAUAAAAUCAUAGCUCCGGAAUAACAGAAUAGUGAAGAGCACAGGGCAGAGGUCUUUGGUUUGUUUUGUGGGUGUUUCAGGCCAUUUUCUAUACGGAGAAGAAGAGAGCUCUGUUGUUCUGUUCAACCAUGGCUGUUCCAUCAGAGCAAGCCAGAACAUCAAUGCUUCCAAGCUUUUUGUAUUCCUCCUCUUCUUCUUCGGUUGUGUCGGAUAUUGUGUUGAAUAGGAGGAAUGUUGUCACAGAAAAUGCGAAUGUCGUUUCUCCUUCUGCUCCUCGAAAGACAUUUGUUGUGCCGGCUCCCAGUGAGCCCGGGAAGAUUGCCAUGUAUUCACCGGCUUUCUAUGCGGCAUGCACCGUGGGAGGCAUUCUCAGUUGUGGUCUCACUCACACUGCCGUAACCCCUCUCGAUCUUGUCAAAUGUAAUAUGCAGAUCAAUCCUGCAAAGUACAAGUCAAUUUUGUCUGGAUUUGGCAUUUUGCUUAAGGAAGAAGGAGCAAGGGGUUUGUUCAGGGGUUGGGUGCCAACUUUCUUGGGAUACAGUGCUCAAGGUGCCUGCAAGUUUGGAUUUUAUGAGUACUUUAAAAAGUACUACUCAGAUAUUGCAGGGCCUGAGUAUGCUACCAAGUACAAGACGCUGAUCUACUUGGCAGGUUCUGCAUCGGCAGAGUUUAUUGCCGAUGUUGCACUUUGUCCUUUUGAGGCAGUAAAAGUUAGAGUACAAACUCAACCUGGAUUUGCUAGAGGAUUGUCUGAUGGGCUCCCAAAGUUUGUUAGACAAGAAGGAGUACUUGGUCUGUACAAGGGAAUUGGCCCACUUUGGGGACGCCAAAUACCAUACACAAUGAUGAAGUUUGCAUCCUUUGAAACUAUAGUAGAAUUGCUUUACAAGCAUGCAGUGCCCAUUCCAAAAGAUGAAUGUAGCAAAUCUUUUCAACUGGGAAUUAGUUUUGCUGCAGGAUAUAUUGCUGGUGUCUUCUGUGCUAUUGUUUCACAUCCUGCAGACAAUCUGGUUUCUUUCCUAAACAAUGCUAAGGGUGCUACUGUGGGCGAGGCUGUGCAAAAAAUUGGUGUUGUUGGCCUUUUUACUCGUGGACUUCCUUUACGUAUUGUUAUGAUCGGAACACUUACUGGAGCUCAGUGGGGUAUCUAUGAUGCUUUCAAGGUGUUUGUUGGCCUGCCGACUACUGGUGGAGUUACCCCACAACCAGCUGCUCCAGGGCUCAAGGACUUGAGCAAAUUGAACUAAUUUCAGGAGGUGUUUUUGACAUAAAUUUCAUAGGAUCAGGUUGAGUUAAGAAAUUGAAGGUCUGAAUAAAGGACUUAAGGAGGGUUCGUUCUCCUGAAUUUUGUUUUUGAAGCAUUGAGGUUGAUUCAUGCAGGCUAGAAAUUCUGCGAUUUUUUUAAUGUUGGAUUUUUUUCGGAGUUCAGUCAUCCCUUCAAACUUAGUUACAUUUUUUGAAGGUGCUUGGCAUAUUAUCUUCAAUCGUUUUUGAUUCGCAUACGGCUAACCAUCUUUGAUGUGAACGGGAACCAAGAUAAUAAUAGAAGCCAUUUUGCUUUGAUAUGA